UCAUUUCUUAUGAUCAGUCGAUCUCGAUCUUUUCAAUAGAGCGAUUGUUAGCCUAGCUCUAUUUUAGUUUUUUUUCGGCUAGGCUACAAGCCUGUACUUACAUAACCAGUUUUUAAUUAAAUUUUUUAAAUUAUUAUAGUACAGAAAAAAAAAAAUAAUUAACUUUUCAAAUAUCAUUUGUAGAAACAUAGAAUAAAUCAAAAUGGAGGACGGUCAUAUGAAAACCGUCGAUGAAGCUUUAAACUUCUUUGGAACAGAUUUUGAGCGUGGCUUAUCGACAGAACAAAUUAAAAAAUAUCAAGCUAAAUAUGGCCCAAAUGAACUUCCUACGGAAGAGGGAAAAACCAUUUGGCAAUUAGUUUUAGAACAAUUUGAUGAUUUGCUUGUAAAAAUUUUGCUGUUAGCUGCAAUUAUUUCAUUUGUAUUAGCUCUGUUUGAAGAGCACGAAGACACAUUCACAGCAUUCGUGGAACCAUUAGUUAUUUUACUUAUUUUAAUAGCAAAUGCAGUAGUAGGUGUGUGGCAAGAAAGAAAUGCAGAAUCCGCUAUCGAAGCUUUAAAGGAAUAUGAACCUGAAAUGGGUAAAGUUGUGAGACAAGACAAAGCUGGUGUUCAAAAGGUUCGAGCACGAGAAAUUGUACCUGGUGAUCUUGUUGAAGUAUCAGUUGGUGAUAAAAUUCCAGCUGAUAUAAGAAUUACAAAGAUCUUCUCAACAACCCUUAGAAUCGAUCAAUCUAUUUUAACUGGUGAAUCAGUUUCAGUUAUUAAACAUACAGACCCCGUUCCAGAUCCAAGAGCUGUAAAUCAAGAUAAAAAAAAUAUAUUAUUCUCUGGUACAAAUGUUGCUGCCGGUAAAGCUAGAGGUGUUGUAAUUGGAACUGGUCUUAACACAGCUAUUGGUAAAAUCCGUACAGAAAUGUCAGAAACCGAAGAAAUUAAAACCCCAUUGCAACAAAAAUUAGAUGAAUUUGGUGAACAAUUAUCAAAAGUAAUUUCAGUUAUUUGCGUUGCUGUAUGGGCUAUCAAUAUUGGACAUUUCAAUGAUCCAGCUCAUGGUGGCUCAUGGAUCAAAGGAGCUAUUUAUUACUUCAAAAUUGCUGUAGCUUUAGCUGUCGCUGCUAUUCCAGAAGGUCUUCCAGCUGUUAUUACCACUUGUCUGGCUUUGGGUACACGUCGUAUGGCCAAGAAAAAUGCUAUUGUACGUUCACUGCCCUCUGUAGAAACUUUAGGUUGUACUUCCGUUAUUUGCUCUGAUAAGACUGGUACAUUAACAACAAAUCAAAUGUCAGUAUCCAGAAUGUUCGUUUUUGACAAAGUUGAAGGCAAUGAUAGUAGCUUCUUAGAAUUUGAACUUACUGGCUCAACCUACGAACCUUUGGGAGAUCUAUUUUUGAAUGGCUCACGUGUUAAGGCCUCUGAAUUCGAUACAUUACAAGAAAUCGCCACAAUUUGCGUAAUGUGCAACGACUCAGCUAUUGAUUUCAACGAAUUCAAACAAGCUUUUGAAAAAGUUGGUGAAGCCACAGAAACAGCAUUAAUUGUUUUAGCUGAAAAACUUAAUCCUUUCAAUGUUAACAAAAGCGGUUUAGAUCGUCGUUCUGCUGCCAUUGUCGUCCGUCAAGAAAUUGAAACUAAAUGGAAAAAAGAUUUUACACUUGAAUUCUCACGUGAUCGUAAAUCUAUGUCAUCAUAUUGUGUUCCAUUAAAACAAUCUCGUCUUGGAACUGGACCAAAACUUUUCUGCAAAGGUGCACCAGAAGGUGUUUUAGAACGUUGUACACAUGCUCGCGUUGGAACUUCCAAAGUACCAUUAACCUCAACUCUUAAAUCAAGAAUCUUAGAUCUUACUAGACAAUACGGUACAGGACGCGAUACAUUGCGUUGUUUGGCAUUGGCUACUGGUGAUAAUCCAAUGAGUCCUAGUGAUAUGGAUUUGGGAGACUCAACCAAAUUCUACCAAUAUGAAGUUAACUUAACAUUUGUUGGUGUUGUUGGUAUGUUAGAUCCUCCACGUAAAGAAGUUUUUGAUUCAAUUGUCAGAUGUCGUGCCGCUGGUAUUCGUGUCAUUGUCAUUACUGGUGAUAAUAAGGCUACCGCUGAAGCUAUUUGCAGACGUAUUGGUGUAUUCACAGAAGAAGAAGAUACAACUGGAAAAUCAUAUUCUGGACGUGAAUUUGACGAUUUAUCCCCAGCAGAACAAAAAGCUGCCUGCGCCAGAGCUCGCCUAUUUUCACGUGUAGAGCCAGCUCACAAAUCCAAAAUUGUUGAAUAUUUACAAAGUAUGAAUGAAAUUUCUGCUAUGACUGGUGAUGGUGUAAAUGAUGCUCCUGCUCUUAAAAAAGCCGAAAUUGGUAUUGCUAUGGGUUCUGGUACAGCUGUAGCCAAAUCAGCCGCUGAAAUGGUUUUAGCUGAUGAUAAUUUCUCAUCCAUUGUAUCUGCUGUUGAAGAAGGUCGUGCUAUUUACAAUAAUAUGAAACAAUUUAUCCGUUAUUUAAUCUCAUCAAAUAUUGGUGAAGUAGUUUCUAUUUUCUUGACAGCUGCCCUUGGCUUACCCGAAGCUUUAAUUCCUGUUCAAUUGUUGUGGGUUAACCUUGUAACAGAUGGUUUACCAGCUACAGCCUUAGGUUUCAAUCCACCCGAUUUAGACAUUAUGAGCAAACCCCCACGUAAAGCUGAUGAAGGUUUAAUUUCAGGAUGGUUGUUCUUCAGAUAUUUGGCUAUUGGCGGUUAUGUAGGUGCUGCCACUGUUGGAGCUGCUGCUUGGUGGUUUAUGUAUGCUGAUGAUGGUCCACAAAUGAGCUACUGGCAUUUGACACAUCACUUGGCUUGUCUUGGUGGAGGAGAAGAAUUUAAAGGAAUGGAUUGCAAGAUUUUCAACGACCCUCAUCCAAUGACAAUGGCUCUUUCAGUACUUGUCACAAUUGAAAUGUUAAAUGCCAUGAACAGUUUAUCAGAAAAUCAAUCGCUUGUAACAAUGCCUCCAUGGUCCAACAUGUGGCUUGUAGGGUCUAUGGCUCUUUCAUUUGGAUUACAUUUUGUUAUACUUCAUGUUGAAGUUCUCGCAACCGUAUUUCAAGUUACACCCUUGGGUACAGAUGAAUGGAUUACUGUUAUGAAGUUUUCAAUUCCUGUUGUUUUACUUGAUGAAUCAUUGAAAUUCACUGCAAGAAAAAUUGCUGAUGUACCCGAUGUUGUGGUUGAUAAGUGGAAGUAAAAUCGCCAAGCUUCCUUGUAACUUCUCAUCAGAAAGCUGUAAGAGUAUUAGUUUUUACUAUUGAUUCUUAUCAACGAUAAAUAAAAUUCUUUGUUAAGUUUAAUUCAUUAAAUAUAUAUUUUAAAAGAACAAAUUAAUAAAAAUUUUAAAAAAUGUAAUUAAAUGUUAUAUACGUUUCAAUUUUAAAUUAUUUUAGGUUUAUCCGAAUAAAAAGAAAACUUGCAUAUA